CCUCCCUAGCCUGCCUGCAUUAACUUGGGGACAAUGAGGGCCUUGGCACUGUGGAUGCUUCUUCUACUCUGCAAAUUCGGUCUGGCAGCUCUGCCAGUUAAGCCUGAGAACAUUUCUUGCAUCUUCUACUACAAGAAAAAUUUAACUUGUACUUGGAGUCCAGAAAAAGAAGCUGGUUAUACAUGGUACAGAGUUAAUAGAACUUAUCGUUAUGGAGAUGCAAGUGAUUAUUGCAUGACUUCGAAUUUUAUGAGUGGAAAUCAUGCUUCAUGCUCUUUCUUCUACCCAAAUGUAACAAACCCAGAUGAUAACACCAUUGAAGUGGAAGCUCAAAAUGCAGAUGGUAUAAUUAAAUCUGAUGUGACCCACUGGAAUUUAGAUAACAUAGUGAAGACCGAACCACCCAUGAUUUACCGUGUGAAACCAGUUUGGGGAAUCAAACGAAUGGUUCAAGUGACAUGGAAAAGGCCUGUGUUGGCACCAGUUUCAUCUACUUUACAGUACACUCUUCGAUUCAGGAAAGUGAAUAGUGAUCAGUGGAUGGAAGUCAACUUCACCAGAGAAGACACCAAUGAAAAUCAAACAUACAACCUAACAGGGCUGCAGGAUUUUACAGAAUAUGUCUUAGCUCUGCGAUGUGCUCCUGAGGAGUCAAGGUUCUGGAGUGACUGGAGCCAAGAAGAAAUGGGAACAACUGAGGAACAAGCUCCAUGUGGCCUGGAUCUGUGGAGAGUCCUGGGACCAGCUGAGGCAAAUGGAAGAAGGACAGUGCUGUUGCUGUGGAAGGAGGCAAAAGGAGCUCCAGUCUUGGGGAAAACACUUGGCUACAACAUACGGUACUUUCCAGAAAACAACACUAACCUCACAGAGAUAAUGAACACAACUAACCAGCAGCUUGAAGUGCAUCUGGGAAGCGACAGCUAUUCAGUGUCUGUGAUUUCUUAUAAUUCUGUUGGGAAGUCUCCAGAGGCUACCAUGAGGAUUCCAGCUAUUCGUGAAGAGUCAUUUCAAUGCAUUGAGGCCAUGCAGGCCCACCUCACUCAGGGCCUGCUGGUGGUGGAGUGGCAAAGCUGUCCUCUGGAGGUGGACACAUGGAUGGUUGAGUGGCUCCCAGAUUUGAACUCAGAACGCUCUGCCUUUUCCUGGGAGUCUGUGUCUCAGGCCAGGAACUGGACAGUCCAGCAAGAUAAAUUUAAACCUUUCUGGUGCUAUAACAUCUCUGUGUAUCCUAUAUCGCGAGACCGUGUAGGCGAGCCAUAUUCUAUCCAGAUUUAUGUCAAAGAAGGCAUUCCGUCAGCAGGUCCCGUGACCAGGGCAGAGAACAUUGGCGUGAAGACAGUCACCAUAGCAUGGGAAGAGAUUCCUAAGAGUCAGAGAAAUGGCUUCAUCAGCAACUACACCAUAUUUUACCAAACUGAAGAUGGAGAAGAAUUCUCCAAGACAGUAAACUCCAGUGUCCUGCGGUAUGAUGUUGGGUCCCUGAGACGAAACACAGCUUAUAGUGUUCAGCUCAUGGCCAGCACCAGUGCCGGUGGCGCCAAUGGGACGAGGAUCAAUUUCAAGAGCUUGUCGAUUAGUGCUGUUGAGAUGUCCCUUAUAAUUUCCCUGGUUGGAGGAACCCUUCUUGUUCUCGUUAUCCUGAUGAUGGCAUAUAGUCUCAAAAAUCCCAACAAAUUGAAACACCAAUGUUGGCCUGAUAUCCCCAACCCUGCUGAAAGCAGUAUAGCCAUGUGGCGUGGAAAUGAUUUCAAGAAUCAUAUCUCUAUUGAGAAAUCUGAAAAUGAAGAUGCUGACUCCUCCUUUCUGUGUCUGGGGUGAGCACAGCCUUGCCAACACCUUGACUUUGGACUUCUAGCCUCCAGAACUGAAUGGAAUUCUCUGUCAUGCCCACCUUCAGCACACCUGAGGUUAAAUGCCAGGGAGGUGUCCUGAGCCUGGAAUUUGAAAUACAAAUCAAAAUGUGCAAACCAGAAUAAAUAUGCAGAGUAUUCCAAAUGAUUACAGGUAACAAGGAAUAUUGGACCUGUAUACUGAAGAGAGCCAUCUCCUUAUAGGCUGAGCAUGUUGUCUUUUCCAUAUAUUGUUCAUGUAUUGACACACUAUGUAAUGCAUGCAUGAAAGCUCUGUACUCUUAAAUAGAUUAUGACAUCAUGGUUAUUGUAAUGGGACUACCUUUAAAAUGCUUCAUUAUAAAUGCAUUUGUAUUUUGACCUUUCGGGUAAUA